AUGAUGAUCUCUGACAGAAAUCAGAGUGCUGCAGUUUUAUUCAUUCUCUUGGGAUUCUCUGACUACCCAGAAUUUCAGAUUCUUCUCUUUCUUGUUUUCUUGGCCGUCUAUGUGAUCACUGUGAUGGGGAAUCUUGGAAUGAUUGUAAUUAUUAUUACGAACCCCAAAUUACGCACUCCAAUGUAUGUUUUCCUUAAACACUUGUCGUUUUUGGAUUUCUGUUACUCCACUUCUGUUACUCCAAAGCUGUUGGAAAAUUUAGUUUCAGAAGAUAGGACAAUGUCUAUCCCUACUUGCAUCACACAAUACUUCUUUACUGAUAACUGUGCUUUGACUGAAACCUUCAUGUUGGCAGUGAUGGCAUAUGACCAUUUUGUGGCCAUCUGUAAUCCUCUUUUAUAUAUGGUUAUCAUGUCUGAGAAACGUUGUGCACUGCUGAUGGCUGCAGCAUACUCUUGGGGCAUAUUCUUCUCUCUGCUCUUCACCUACACUAUCCUUAUAUUAUCUUUUUGUGGAACUAACACCAUUAAUAAUUUUGUCUGUGAGUAUUCUGGCAUUCUCUCUGCCUCUUGUUCUGAUAAGCACUUUAGUCAGCUGAUAUUUUUCAUAUUUAUAAAUUUUACUAUGUUGAGCACACUUGUGGUCAUAUUCACUUCUUAUGUGUUUAUUUUUGUAACUGUCAUGAAGAUACAUUCUGCUAGGGCAAGGCAUAAGGCUUUCUCCACUUGUACCUCUCACCUGACAGCUGUUGGAAUCUUCUAUGGGACAGUCCUUUUCCUCUACCUUAUACCUAAUACUAAAAGCUCCUGGUUCACCAUCAAAGUGGGCUCUGUUUUCUAUACCAUGGUCAUCCCCAUGCUGAACCCCUUAAUAUACAGUCUGAGGAACAAUGAUGUGAAAGAAACACUCAGGAAUUUAAUGACCAAAAAAUGA